AGGCAAGCCCGCCUCCAGCAAGCGGCGGGGCAAAGCGCUGCUGAAUGAUGUGGCCCUGAAGCCGGGGGAGAAGGGGGACGAGCUGCUGGACCAGAUAGCCCGCGACCUGCGCAGCGGCAUCGAGGCCGUCAACAUGGUGCAGUGGUACCCGGGCCACAUUGCGCGGGCGGAGCGCAACCUGCGGGAGCAGCUCAAGGCGGUAGACAUAGUGCUGGAGGUGCGGGAUGGGCGGUGCCCCAUGAGCACGCGCCACCCGCUCAUCCCCGAGUGGAUUGGCACCAAGCCGCGCGUGCUGCUCAUCAAUCGCAAGGACAUGGUGGCGGAGGCGGACCGCGCCGCCUGGACCCGCUUCUUCGCGCAGCGCGGCCACGCCGUGACCUGGACCAACGGCAGCAUGGGCGACGGCGUGGGCAAGGUGAUGGAGCUGUCUGCGGCGGUGGGGGCCAAGCUGAACGCCAAGCGGCUGGCGCGCGGCCUGCGCCCGCGCCCCGUGCGCGCCGUCGUCAUCGGCUUCCCCAACGUCGGCAAGUCGGCGCUGAUCAACCGCCUGCUGGGGCGCCGCGUGGCGGACAGCGCGCCCAAGCCGGGCGUGACGCGGUCGCUGCGCUGGGCGCGCAUCGGCGGCGACAUCGACCUGCUGGACGCGCCCGGCAUCAUCCCCAUGUCCUUCAGGGACCAGGUGGCCGCGCAGCGCCUGGCCAUGUGCAACGACAUUGGCGAGGCGGCGUACGUCGACUCGCUGGUGGCGGCCGCCUUCCUGGAGACGGUGCGCGGCCUGCCCGCGGCGCCCCAGAUUGCGCGGCGCAUCAGCGAGCGGUACAAGCUGCGGGUGGAGGACUACCAGGAGGAGGAGUACGUGCAUGCGCUGGGGGACCGCCUGUUCAACUCGGAGCCGGAGCGCGCGGGGCAGCGCAUACUCAAGGACUUCCGCAGCCUGGCGCUGGGGCCCAUCUGCCUGGAGCUGCCGCCGCAGUACGAGGCGUGCAAGGAGGUGUGA